AUGGCCUCCUCAACCACCACCCUCCCGCAAACCAUGAAGAGGCUCCUUCAAGUCUCGCGGGACUCCACCGAGAUCAUCUGCACCACCGCGCCCCUACCCGUGCCCACCCACCCCGAGGACGUCCUCGUGCGGGUGCACGCGGCGGCCCCCUGCGCAGGCGAGCUCCUCUGGGCGCGCUUCACGGACGCGAUCCCCGCCGACAAGGAGCUGGUGCCCUGCCAGGACCUGGCGGGCACCGUCGUGACGGCCCCGGCGUCGAACCCGGGCGGAUUUGCGCCGGGCGACCGCGUGUACUGCCGGAUCCACGCGACGCGGCCCGGCGCGGCGCGCGACUACGCGCUCCCGCGGGCCAGCGAACUCGCCAAGAUCCCGCCGAGCCUGGGAUGGAUCGAGGCCGCGGCCACGCCGCUGAGCGCGCUGACGGCGUGGCAGGCGCUCUUUGUGCAGGGCACGCUGGACGCGCGGGCCAUCAAAGGGGAUGCCGCUGCCAGGAAAGAAAACGCCAAGAUCCGGGUGUUGGUGACGGGCGCUGGUGGCGGCGUCGGCAGCUGGGCGGUGCAGCUUGCGGCGCUGGCCGGGGCGAAGGCGGUGGUGGCCGUGUGCGGGCGGGACAAGGGGGAGGCGGUGCGCGCGCUGGGCGCGACUGAGGUGGUCGACUACACGCAGACGUCCAUCGAGGAGUGGGUGGCGGCCGGCCCGGCCGGGCGCGAGGUCGACUUGGUUGUCGAAAUGAUCGGCGGCAAGACGCUAGCCGGGAGCUGGGCGGCCGUGAAGGAGGGCGGUGCGUUGAUCAGCAUCCACACGCCGCCCGAGUACGGCAAGCCCGAGGGCAUGACGAAGCAGCUGUCCAAGGCCCUGUGGUUCAUUGUCGAGCCGCUCGGCAGCAACCUGGCCGAGAUUGGCGAGCUGAUUGAGGCGGGCCGCGUGCGCCCGACCGUCGACAGCGUGUGGGAGUUUGCCGAUUUCAAAAAGGCGUUUGAGCGGGUCGACUCGGGACACGCAAAGGGCAAGGUCAUCAUCAAGGUCAGCGACGAGGCCUGA